UAAGCAAAAUUGAUUCAGGUAUUUCAAUUUUUACUUUCUUUUUUUUUCUCAAUAAAAAAAAAACAAAAAGUGAAUUGAAUUUGUCUAUAUGAUUUAGGUAGUAUUCAUCCAAAUCGAAUACAUUCAGGCAUUCAAUGUCUACGAUCAAUUGCUGAUAAUCGAUCUAAUCGCUCUCAAUAUGCUAAUUUCGAUGAUGAGCAAAGAAAUAAAUCAAGAAAAAGCUGUGCACUUUGUCAAACAUAAUUUAAUUCUAUUGAUUAUUUAAUUAAGAUCUUAAAUUUGUAUAGAAUCAAAUAAUAAUCAAUAUUUAUAUUGUGAUUAUAUAUUAUAUAAAACAUUUAUUUGCAAAAGAUUUUAUCAGAUUUUUUUCUUUCUCAUUUUUGCUUUUAUGCUUUUCAUUUUAAUGCGCUUUUUUCUUUCUCAAUUUUGUUGAUAUUGGUGAGAUUUUAUUUCUAUUGAUAUAAAUUCGAAUUAUUUUUAAAUAUUUUAAAACAAAUAAAAAACUAAAAAUCUAUUGAGAUAUCUCCAACAAAAAAUACAUUGAAAAGUAUAGACUUUUCAUAAUUUAUCCUUUUAGUUUUUUAUUAAUAUAUUAAUAAAUAUCAAUUUGUUUUCAUUAUGGAUUUAAGAUUUAAUUCAAUUUUCUUGAUUAUCUAUUAAAUCUUAAAUAAGAAAACAUUUUUAACAAGACUUUAUCACAAUAACUAUUCAACAAACAAAACAAAAUAAAAAAAAAAUAAUCGAAAUUUAUUUGUAAAUAUUUUUUUUGUUAAGAUAAUUAAAAAUGUUCGAUAAGAAUAUGAAAAUAUCCUAUUGUCUUAAUAAAUGAUUUUAUUUUUAAAUAAAAUCAUUCUCAAUUUAUUGAAUCUUAUUGAAAAAACUUUCAAAGUAUUUUAUUUUAAUAAGAAUUAAAUUCUUGACUUUUAUCAAUAAUUAAUAAGAAAUGUCGACUAUCGAUUAGGAUUAUUUUAUUAAAGUUCAACAUAUUAACAUAUUAUUUAUCAUUUAUCGAAUAAAUAUUAUUUAAUAAUAAAUUUAAAAUGCUGCUCAAUAGGAUUGUUAAUAUUCAAAUAAAAUAUGAAAAAAAAACCAAGAAUAAUUGUUUAUCUUAGGUACGAUUCCUAUUGAUCAAAUUGGUGUUGGAAUAUUUUAUAAUAAUCGACGAACUCGUCGUUUAACAGGAACAUUUAGUUCACAUGAAGAUUUUAAUAUAAAUAUAAAUAAAUCAAUUUGUUCGAUAUGUAAUUAA